UCCACAGCAGUCCUUACAGGUUAUCGGUCCACAGACGAACCAUAGUCAUCCUACAGCUACCCUCGCUUCUACUACAAACCAUCCAUCCACCCUCUCUGUAGGUUACUAUUUACCCUCUUUGAGUGGUUUUCAAACGCACGACAAAAUGGCCGCAAUCCCAUCAAGUGGCUCUCUUAUCGCCACACAUGACUACUAUAGAAGACGUCUCGGGUCCAACUCCAGUAGCAGCUCUUGUGGGAGCUCCGAGUACACUGGGGAGGUUAUUCCACACCAUCCAGCACUUCCAAGGCAAGACUCUGGUCACUGGUGGACUUCGUUCUUCUUUGCAAAGCAGAACCAGCUCUCUGUGCAAAAUGGCUCUGAUCAGAGGAAUGGAUCCUUAACAGUGUCCAAUGGGCAGGUGACCUGCAUCGCCAAGGAAAUGGUUAGGACCAGACAACUCAGCGAAAGCAGCGAAAAUGGAAAAUAUGAACCCACGUCCCCUCCACCAACAUCUUCCUAGUCCUCAUUACCUUAUUGUCUAACCCCCCCUUCCUUCCUUUGCACCUUACUCACCAUCCACCUGCCACUACUAACAUAGUCCACCAGUGGAGAUGUAGGAUGGUGGUAGCGGUGAUGGUGUUUUAUUACCUUUAGUUGAAUAUCUUAUUUGUUUUAUUGCCUGUAUAUAGUAUGUUUAUAUCCUGACCAAAAGUUAUAAAAAAAAAUGUUUAUGUGAAUUUUUUUGUAUUUGUUGUAAUAAAUUACAACUGAUAUUAUUAAAAUGAAUUUA